CUACACGAAGAUCCCAUCGUCGCCUUCGGUUGAUUGAUCCGCCCAAGAUGGACCGACUGCUGCCGGGGAUGGUGAAGGAGGAGUGGCCGCCGUCGCCGGAGGAGGAGGACCUGGCCCCGCGGCCGAUGGAGGGGCUGCACGAGACGGGGCCGCCGCCGUUCCUGACCAAGACGUUCGACCUGGUGGCCGACCCGGCCACCGACGGCGUCGUCUCCUGGGGCCGCGCCGGGAACAGCUUUGUCGUCUGGGACCCCCACGCCUUCGCCGCCGUCCUGCUCCCGAGAUUCUUCAAGCACAACAACUUCGCCAGCUUCGUCCGCCAGCUCAACACUUACGGCUUUAGAAAGAUUGACCCAGACAGAUGGGAAUUUGCAAAUGAGGGUUUCCUUAGGGGCCAGAGACAGCUUCUAAAGAUGAUAAAGAGAAGGAGACCCUUGUCGUAUCUCCCCUCAUCACAGCAGCAGGCCCUUGGCUCCUGCCUUGAGGUUGGCCAGUUCGGAUUCGAGGAAGAAAUCGAAAUGCUAAAGCGUGACAAGAAUGCCUUACUCACAGAGGUAGUAAAACUGAGGCAAGAGCAGCAGAGCACGAAAGCUGACAUGCGAGCCAUGGAAGAGAGGCUACACCUCGUUGAGCAGAAGCAGCUCCAGGUGAUGGGUUUCCUGGCAAGAGCAAUGCAGAAUCCUGACUUCUUUCUCCAGUUGAUCCAGCAAAAAGAUAUACUGAAGGACCUCGAGGACGCGUACUCGAAAAAGAGGAGGAGGUCCAUCGACAUAGUGCCUUUCCUUGGCCCUGGGGAGGCGAGUCAGAGUGAGCAACUCGAGUCGACAUUCCUGUUUGAUGAAAAAGAAUUUUCCGAGCUAAAUCAGCCUGGAUACUCUGAGCUGGAGAAUUUAGCAAUGAACAUUCAGGGGAUGAGGAAGGGCAUGAGGGAUGACAGAGGUGGUCGGGAUCAGGUCAGCGGUGAGACAGAGCUGACUGACGACUUCUGGGAGGAGCUGCUGAGUGAAGGAAUGAGGGAUGAAGCUGCGAUGGCACAGCUGGAGAGGAGACCUAGAUAUGUCGACACAUAGCGUAGAAGUUGGAUCCUCUGCCAAACUCAUAUUAGAAUUCAUAGCCAUUGAAUCUGUAUAACCAAUGUAGUGAUAGCUCUAUUGUAUAUUGUAGUUCUAAUUUAUAGUGAUAAGACUGAUUGUAUUGUGGUUU